GUUGGACUGAUUAAACCUGGUGUUCCUAUGGAAAUUGUGCUCAACAAGGAAUCACACCGAAAAACGCCAAAUGUCGUGUCGAUUCGUCAAAAUGAAAGAUUGUUUGGUGAUGCUGCUUCAGCGAUGUCUGUGCGAUAUCCCUCAAGUGUCUACGGGCAUCUUCUUGACCUAGUUGCAAAACAUAUCGACCAUCCAUCGGUACUGCUCUUUCGUCAGCGAUUCCCUCAUCUAGCAAUAGAGAAACAUGCAAACGAGAGCAGUGUGAUAUUUCCUAUUGGCUUUACCCAAGACCCGAGAGGAACCUUCUCAAGCUCACCGAAGAAGAAGUACGAAGUCCUCGCAUUUCCUAGGAGAGACACCAGUUAUCCGGUGGAAACCCUUCUCGCAAUGAUAUUGACCAACGUGCGAGAAUUCGCGGAAGCCUACGCAGAGAUGAGUCUUCGUGAUGUGGUGAUAAGUGUUCCGGUAUUUUUUACUCAAGCCGAACGUCUUGUAAUUGAGAAGGCCGCAGAAAUUGCGAAACUAAACUUGCUUCAGCUGAUUAAUGAUGGAACUGCCGCUGGACUCAACUACGGCGUGUUUCGACGAAAGGAAGUUACAGAGAAGCCUCAACGGCUCUUAAUUUAUGAUAUGGGAGCGGCAAAGACUGUAGCGACCCUUGUUGAGUACAAAUUAGGAAAGGAGAAAUAUGGCAAAGAACCGAAGGUACAACAAUCCCACAGUAGUAUAAUGUCUGUGUUGGGAGUUGGGUUCGAUCGCUAUUUGGGAGGCUUAGAAAUGACCAUGCGCUUGAGAGAUCUCCUGGUGGAAAAGUUCAGACUGCACUAUAAGUCUGCAGAAGAUAUCACAACAAGCCAACGAGCCAUGGCCAAACUAUUCAAAGAAGCUGAGCGAUUGAAGCAGGUGCUGAGUGCCAAUGUUGACUAUUAUGCGCAAGUUGAAAGCGUCCACGAAGACAUAGACAUGCGAGUCCACGUGACUCGUGAGGAAUUCAACCAUCUUAUUGAUGAUCUCAUGCCCCGAGUGACAAUACCAUUAACUCAAGCUCUGAAGAUGGCUGAACUGCAAUUGGAUCAGGUGAGGCACACUGACAUUCUCUGA